AUGGCCGACCCAGGAAAAGGGGCUGCUUAUUUUCCGAACUCCUCUCAGUCGUCAAUUCUCAAAGAUAUGGAUCUGGUGAACUGGUUGGAGAAAAAAUUGAAUGACGCUGGAGUGUGGUCGGGACGUACCACAGCUUCAAUGUUGUCCAGAGAAAUGCUUGAGGAGCUAGAAACAUGCUUUCAGGCCAUUGACGUGCAAACCAAACUCAAAAUCAUAUGUUGUAUACCUCACAUGAAUCCUCGAAAAAUGAGCAUCGUGCACAAUGCUCUUACAACACUGCUUGACCUUGCCAGUAAAGAUGCCGAUGACUGGGUUGAAACAAUAGCCGAUAUGUACAGGGACAUACCGUCAACGGGAGUGAUAAUCCCUGUCUCCUCCAACAAAGAUUCGCACUUUGCUAAAACUCUGGACGAUCUGACCAAGUGUUUUCAAAAGCAUUUCGAAGCCGGUAAUUUGAAGCUUACACCGGAGGGUCAUAAUAUUGCAAGUACUUCCGUCAACAAGGCCAGUUUCGGAGCUGCUGCAGAGUCUGAGAAAUGUUUCAUUCUUCGAAAGAAACCGAAAUCCUUCAAUCUUUCAAACGACAUGACAAAACGUGAGUACUUCUUUUCUGCCUACUUCUUCACCACACUGGUGUACUCUUUAUUUAUAUACUAG